UGCAUGGUUUAUCGGACAUGGUUGACGACUUCAAGAUAAAAUUUAUCAACAAUGAAGGAGAUUUUAUCGCACAUCUAGCCUUUCAAGUUCCCACGCUUCAUGUCAAUGGAGAGUACAUGACAAAUUUGACGCUUCUCGCCAAAUACGUGGUAACGCCGGAUAUGUAUUUUCUAGGAAAUAGUUCUUACAACUCGUCGCUAUCGUCUCUGGAAUUCGGAUUAGAAGUCGAGGGCAGAGCUUCUGCCUUCGAAAAUAUCUUUAUUCGAAGCGUGAAUCUUUCCUUCGAUUAUAAAAACUUUGAUACUCAAUUUGCAAAUCUUACCUUACGAUCCGCUGCCCGCCCGCUGGGGUCAACUUUUGAAUGGUUUCGCCAAAUUUUUACAUUCUCUGAAAUUCCUAAAUAUUUCAAAUGGGAUUGGACGAACUUUCACAAAACCCUCGAUCUUCCAGCUGUUGCAGAUGAAAUUGGCCGAUGUCUAUUACAAAACGUUUUCAGCGAAUGCACGCUGAUGGAUCUGUUAGUUUCAGCGGAAUGCAUGCAACUUAAUAUUGACGAGGAAUGUUUAAGGACUGACAUUCUCGACGUUUACUUCCCACUCCAAGCAGGAUCAUACAACAUUAAGGAAAAUGGCGAAAGGGUCAGGCGAUGCUGUUGCGAUUACACUUGUUGCUUCAUUCCACCAACGCCAAUGUUGGAGGUUUCUCCUUCAAACUUGAGACCUUUGGUCCAUCACGUAGCAGCCAACGUUGGAGAUUUGUUCCUAUCUGGCGAAGGAAUUUUUGGGCUGGGACGACACAAUAUUUCAUCGCGUAAAGUACGUAACCGAGCGAGGGGACAUGACGCUGAUCCUGUGUUAAGUCUUCCAGACGCUGAAGUUCAAGUUAUGUGGAGAGAUGCUUAUAGUUCCCUGAUCGGCGGAAUGUUCAGAACAUGGGGAUCGGAAGUGAGGGGAUACCUGGAUGGGAGGGAAAAUAUAAGCACUGAAUGUUUAGAUGAAAAUGGCACUUUCGUUGCGAACUAUUCCGUCGAAUUCCCAGUAAUUUACUUAAGUGGGAACUAUGACUCAGACUUAACGCUGUACCCAUCUUUCUCGUAUCGGGAUCGAGGAGAGCUAAGUUUGAUAGGAACUGGUCAAUAUAAUUGGACCAUGGAACCCGUAUGGAUUAUCGUUAAAGUAUUCCGAAGGGCACCAAUGACUGAAAAAAUGUCAGUUUCAAACGUAGAUUUCAGCAUAGGAAUUGAACGUCCUCAAGGGAGGGAAGGUCUAAAAUUUACCGCACUGCACAAUUUUUUCAUUUUAUUUAACGGAACAGUAAAGAAUGAGAAGCAUCCAACCUACUGGAGAGAAGUGAUCGAGUAUCGCAUAAUUGACGAUUUCUUAUUCCACGAUAGGAAUAAUGAACAUAAAAUUUCUUUCCCAGAAGUUGUAGGGAACCAGUUGCAGUGUGCGUUGGAUUAUGCAGUUGGUAACUGCAACAUCUUGGACUUGGUGGCCUCUGGGGACUGCUUACGAGUUGAUCGAAACGACAAUUGUUUCGGCGACAACGUGAUGACAGUCCGGCAGCCAUCAACGUGGAGCACGGCAAUGACGAGCGAGCCGGAAACCGAAUUUACCGAAGAUGGGACACCGGCCAUGACCACAUAUCUCACAACGUCAACCACUGUAGCUUCUACGACUUCGACGACAACAGAAGCGCCAGACAUCCCGGACAACGUAGAUCUUCUUUUGAACCAAACCCAAAUUUUAUUAGAUCAAGCUCAAUUACUCUUAAAAAUAGUACAGGGACAAAUUUGAUACCAGAUUUGAAAUCUGCGAUGAAUAUUACAAUCAGACGUUUUAAAAAUGAAAAGA